CGCUGAGUGAGUGAGGUUCCUCAGUACUCAGAUCAUUCCUGGACGUGAUGGAUCCACCAGAUCUCAGAGAUCUCUAGAUCACUCUCCACGGCACAUAAGUGUGUGUGUGUGUGUGUAGCAGCGCUGAGUGAGUGAGGUUCCAUAGAGGUUCUCGUAUUUGGAUCGUUCCUGGACGUGAUGGAUCCACCAGAUUUCUGAGAUCACUCUUCAGAUCAAGUGUGUUUGUGUGAUCUGCAGAUGAGAACGUGGAUCUGAAACCGAACGGCAGCAUCGUGAUGGACGGAGAUCAGACAGAGCGAGAGACGGAGGGCGUACGGAGGGAGGAGAACCAGGAGAACCAGGGGGAGGUUCAGACUGAGGAGCAGGAACUAGAGGAGCUCAGAGCUCAGAUCCUGAACCUCCUGCUGGAGCUGGAGGAGGCACGGGAUACGUCUCAGAAACACCAGGAGAACAGCGCGGAGCUGCAGGGUCUGUUAGAUGACGAGCGGUUGGCGAGUGCCCACCAGGCCGAGUCCUUCACCCGACAGAUCCAGAACCUGCAGGCUCAGCUGAGUUCGGUGCAGGACCUGCAGGAGGAGCUCCGCUCGGCUCAGGAGGAGAUCCAGCUGCUCCAACAGACGGCCGAGGAGUACGAGGCGGAGAACGUCACCCUGAGAGCCGAAAUCGCCAUGAAGAGCCAGAGGAGGGACGAGGACCGCAGGAGAGAGGGUGACGUGGAUCAGUUGAAGGAGAACUUCAGCAGGUUGAAGGUAGAGUGUGAUUCACUGAAGGAGACCAACAACAAACUCACAGAGAAACUACAACAACUGCAGAGGACAGGGUCAGGCAGGACUUGUGUUCCACUGAAGGAGGAGGUGGAGGGUGAGGAGGGUGAGGAUGGUGAGGAUGGUGAGGACAGAGAGGUUCAGAGGAGACCAGGACCAGGAUCAGGUGGCACCUGCAGGCUGGCGGACGCUUGUGUUCAGAAGAACGUUUCGUUUGAUGGGAAACCUCUGACCCCCACCAGUCUGAGUCUGGGCUUCUCAGAGAUGGUUUCACUGAGGGAGCAGCUCAAACAAGCCGAGGAGAGAGCCGAGCUGCUGCAGAGACAGUGUAACGGUGUGCGGACUGAACUAAGGGAGCUACAGGACCUGUUUGAGACCAGUCAGAAGGAGCGGGCGGAGCUGGAGCUGGAGCUGCUGCACUGUAGGGAGGAGCUGGAGAGACUCACAGAGACACAGUUCUCCACUCAGCCCGCUAUUCUCUCGCUGCCUUUCUUAGGAAUGAUCGUCAUAGUGGCGUUGAUGAGGUGCUGGUGGUCCGGGCUGGCGUCCCAACACCAAUAGGAGGACACGACGAACUCAAGUCGACAUGAUGGUGUGUCGUAUCUCCGCCAACGUCCAGCUUCUGACCUUCUGACCCACAGGAGGCUGAAUGUUCUAGCUUUGCACCUCUGCCGGCACUGUUCAGCUUCUCCACCAGAACACAAUGUGACUUAUUAAUAUGAACGAUUUAAUUAUUUCUAAUUAUUCAGUGUUUGUUGUGCAGUCCUUCAUUAACUGACGUGGAUGUUCCUCAGAGCUCUGUGUUCUGUACAGAUGAUUUAUUUAACGAUCUGCUCAAUAUUCUUUCUGUUCUGUAGUUUUGUGGAACCACAUGAAGUUACCGUGUUUUAUUUAGUUUAGUUGUGGUGUGAUGGUGGGAGUUUGGGGUUGAAGAUGAUGGAACAUGGAGCACAACACGUGUUUGAACUUCUUUUUAACAGUGCUCGUGUGAUGAUGGAGUCAGUAGACGUGUUCCAUUGACUCGUGGAACCAGAUAAAUCCACAUGUUGUAAUAUGUUACUCCACCACAGCUGAGAUCUUUGAGCUCUUAAGCUGCUGAGUUUCGACCCGGUUGAGUGUCCAGCAGGUGCCUGACUGUGACUGUGGGAGGGCAGGGUGAUGAGCCGUUGCUGUGAACGCGCCCUCUGGUGGCUGGUCGAGGCAGCUGAACAAGAGUUCGUGUCUUAGUAUGUCAUCCGUUUCUCUGUGAGACUGGAAGCGGCCAGUGACGAGGGGGGGGCGUGAUAGUCUGUUUCUCUCCUCGGCCAGGACGGGGGUGGUGAAAGCGGCAGAGGAAUUACAACCCAGUAAAAAUGUGCAAAAAUUCAAAAAUAGAUGUUAAAAUAGAAUUAUUGAGUGUGGAUCAGCGUGUGGAUCCAUGAGUACGCUGGGGUGCAGAACAUUCGCUGCCGUUCCCGGUUUGUUCUGGGUUUAUUUUGUUUCGGGUUUUUUGGAGAACUUGGUGGUUCAGGUUCUGCUCUGUCCCUGAUCUGUCCACGUUCUGGUUUCCUACACCUCGGGGUGUGGCUCGACACGCCCUGUUCUGUAAUAAUGAGAGAUAAAGAUGGACACGGAUCUGCUUUAUUAUUUUAUUGUUAUUAAAAUGAAGCGGCACUGAAUAUUGUACGUGAUUAUAGAGAUAUAAAUAUUUAUAGAUUUAUUUAUUAUUUAAUCUGUACUGAUUAUUAAACUCUUAAUUAUUCAUGUUAAAGCUUGAAUCUGUAUUUUGGUACGUUAAACUUACACUGUACCACCAAAAGUAUUGGGACACCACUUCUAAUGACUGAAUUCAUGUGCUUCAGCCACAACAGUUAAUAACAGGUGUAAUAAAUCAGUGAUAUAAUGGAAACGACAUGCUUCCAGCUUUGCAACAACAGUUUAGGGAAGGUCCUUCCCUGUUCCACGACUUAAUGGACACUUCAAAGUCUUGUGAGAAGCUUCUCAGAAGAGCUGCUGUUGUUCUAGAAGAUCACACAAAACUCACAACAAGCUCACAGUCAGGCGUCUGAAUACUUUUGGUCCUGAAGUGUAUUUGCACAUGUGAACUAAACGUUUGUGUAUUUUUACUAUUUUAAAUCUUCAUUCGGGACUGAAUUUGUAUGUGAAAAAUCAUCAUGAAAUCUUUAUUGUGUUUAGAAAUGAAAGGUGUGUGAGGUCGACAGUUCUAUUACAGAAUCAUAAGAUUUAGUCAUAGCCAAAAAUAUCAGGACGCCCAGAAAACUGCUACAGAUUCAAAUGUUUUGGUGUUCACGUGUUUAUUUCUUCUGUUUGCUUUAAAAUAAAACGACUAAAAGACGCAACCCCAAAACAUCAGUGACAGUGAACCUCCCCCUCCAAACAAAGCAACCCCAAAUUAUCAGUGAACCUCCUCCAUGCUUGACUGAUUUCUGUUAACAGUUUAGUAAUGUGCUGUACCAAAAACUAUCAGGAGUUGGAUAUGACUACAUUUGAAUAUUAAGGAAGGGGGGGGGGGGGGGGGCUUUGAGAAGGUGAAAAACAAGUAAACAGCAAAACAUUUAUAACUGAGUUUAUUACUGACCGUGACUGUAGAGUCUGUUAUAAAGAGAAUCUGCCAUGUUUAUAUUUGUGAGCGGUUAAUAUGAUGGUUGUAUUUAUAUUUACAAAUUAUUUAUAAUAUUUAUAAUAAUGAAUUAUUAAGUCCCUGAAUAAAACAUGUUCAGUCGUUA